GUUGCACGCUAUCAUUUCAAGAUCAAGACGCUGCCAAGAGAAUAAAAUACUCUCGCUCUCCCCCCACAGCCUCACUCACACCCCACACGCAAAGGAAAGAGGAGAGGGACAGGGGCCACAGCGACAGCAGUACAAGGGUGGUGCUGCUGGUAGCGGUAGCUCCCUACUACUAGGACUGUGCACUACUAAUGGCCCCGUAGACUCCACACCAGAGCCAACUUUGGAGGGAGCGAGCGACGAGGGAGAAGAGGUCGACGGAGGAAGGAGAAGACUAGACUAGACCAGCACAAGCACCCAACUCUUGCUGCGUGGCGGGGAUUGGUGGUAUGAGGUGUUGCUGCCGGGCUAGAUGAGAGGAAUGCCCUUUGCUGGAGAGGGUCACGCGGGGACACUGCAGCAGCCCAAGCUGAGCGCCGGCUUCUGGGCGGAGCCCACGUCCGUGCUCGACCGCCGCCACAGCCCCAGCCCCAGCCCGCCCUCCGAGGCUUCCGCGCUGUCGUCCGAGGUGGCGAGCCUCGCGCCCGGCGGCGACGCCAAGAACGUCUCCCCGCCGCCGCAGCAGCAGGCAUGGCCGGCUGGGGAGGAUGCUACUGCUGCUGCGCCGGGGGUCAAGGAGGAGUGGACGCACCAGCUGGCCCCGCUCGACAUGGGCAUGGGCCUUGGCGCCGGCGAGGGGUGGGACGGCACGGCGCCUUCCGGGCUCGCGGGACCUGACAGCACCUUCCUCCGCUGGAUCAUUGGCGGCGGGGAGGACGCGUCCGCGGGGAUGGCCGGCGUCAUGGAUCCGCCUGCUCUGGAGCUCGACCACGCCACGUCUAUGAUGUCGCCGCCUGCGGCGUCUCUCGGGCCCAGCCUGUCUCCGUUCGCGCCGGCCAUGGAGGACGCCAAGGGGGCCCCUUUCGGCCACGCGCCCAGCUUCCUGCUCCACCAGCACCAGCACCACCCCCAGCCACACGCGGCCUUCUUUGGCGCGCACCCGUCCUUCGAGUCGGCGCCGCCGCCGCCUAAGCGCCACCACCCGAUGGCAGGCGCGCCGGCGCCGAAGCUGCCUGCUUUCCAGGGGCAUCACGCUCCGGCGGGCGGGUUCUUCCCCGCCCUGAAGCCCAAGGCGGGGACAGCGAACGACGAGGCGGCCGCCACGGUGGACCAGCUCGCCGAGGCUGCCAAGUUUGCCGAGGCGGGCGACGCCUUCGGCGCACGCGAGAUAUUGGCGCGGCUCAAUUAUCGGCUCCCCGCCGCCCCCGCGGCCGGGACGCCACUCCUCCGCUCUGCCUUCUACUUCAAGGAGGCUUUGCGCCUUGCGCUCUCCCCAAACGGAGAGACGCCCGCGCCGCCGGCGUCCACGCCGUACGACGUGGUCCUCAAGCUCGGCGCGUACAAGGCCUUCUCCGAGGUCUCCCCGGUGCUCCAGUUCGCGCACCUCACCUGCGUCCAGGCGGUGCUCGACGGGCUCCGCGGCGCAGGCUGCAUCCACGUGCUCGACUUCGACAUCGGCAUGGGCGAGCAGUGGGCGUCGCUGAUGCAGGAGCUCGCGCAGCGCCGCCCGGCGACGGCGCUCAAGGUCACCGCAUUGGUCUCGCCGGCGUCGCACCACCCGCUCGAGCUGCAGCUCAUCCACGAGAACCUAUCCAGCUUCGCCGCGGAGCUCGGCGUGUUCUUCCAGUUCACCGUAUUCAACAUCGACACCCUCGACCCCGCGGAGCUCGUGGCCAUCGCCGGCGGGGACGCGCUCGCCGUCCACCUCCCCGUCGGCGCAGCACACGCGGCCGCAAUGCCCGCCGUCCUCCGCCUCGUGAAGAGCCUCGGCGCCAAGGUGGUCGUGUCCGUGGACCGCGGGUGCGACCGCACGGAGCUGCCCUUCGCCGCCCACCUGUUCCAGGCGUUCCAGUCCACCGUGUUCCUCCUUGAGUCCGUGGACGCCGUGGGCACGGACCCGGACACGGCCGGCAAGAUCGAGCGGUUCCUGGUCCAGCCGGCCGUGGAGCAAUGGGUGGUCGGGCGCCACCGCGCGUCCAUCGAGAAGGCGCCGCUGCCGUGGCGGGCCGUGUUCGCGUCGGCCGGGUUCACGCCGGUGCAGGCCAGCACGUUCGCGGAGUCGCAGGCCGAGUCGCUGCUGCACAAGGUGCCCGUCCGGGGGUUCCGCGUCGAGAAGCGCGCCCCGGGAUCGCUCUGCCUCUACUGGCAGCGCGCCGAGCUCGUGUCAGUCUCGGCGUGGCGGUGCUGACAACCCCGACCUCGCCGGCGCCGUCGCCGGCGCCAAAAGAAGCCGAUCGGUCUUAGUUAGGACUAAUGAUCCUACUACAAAGUAUUUCGUCGUUGUAAUGAUCCGAAUCCGUCUCGCUUAGUGUCCUAAAUUGGAAGUACUAUGUUAAUGGUGUCGCCUUGCAUUUGCCGCUGGUUGCUCGAUAUGCUCAAACUGUGGUGUCAGUUGAUCACGAGUAGAAUUGGCAUGGCUUGGCAGGUUGCAGGGUGUGUGCGUGUCGUGGUGCAGUGCGUUUCUACUUUCUAUCCUCUACGUGUUGCUACUCUAUAGCUGUGAAAUCAAUGGUUAUGGCGUUUUCAAAUGUUAA